GCUGUCGCAGAGCUUUCUCCCUGUGGACAACGUUUCGCCGAUGCACUGAGACAAAAGCGGCACGAAAACUUACCUGACCACAUUAAGCGAGCCGUCCAGCACAUUCACGUCGUCCAUGUUGCUCGCAGGCACCUCCAGCCUGAACCGCGGCCCGAACCAGUCAAAGUACUCCGUGUACGGCAGAAGCGGGUCGACUUCCGCCUCCAUCCCAAUCGCACAGGCGGUUUCGUACGUCCAGGCCCGCGCGACAUUCUUCACGGUGUACCCGCCACCGCCCAGGAGGACGAGCGGGACGUUCUGCUGCCGUAGGAACUGCACACAGGCCGCGUGUCCGUGCAUCGUCAGAUUGAAGCAGCCGAGCUUGUCCCCAGCGAGGGAAUCUGCCCCGCAUUGGAGGACCACCGCGGAAGGGCGGAACACCUCCAUGAUCUUAGCGAUAACCUGGGGGAUCUGCUCGAGGCGGGAGUCAAGCGCAUGAAGCAGAACGCACCGGCUGAAACACGCUCUUCCGCGACCUUGAUCCUCCUGGGUACCGCUCCCGGGGAAGAAGGCACCGAACUUGUGGAAGCUGCAUGUCAUCACCCGGUCCGUGGUGUAGAACGCCUCCUCGACGCCGUCACCGUGGUGGCAGUCGAUGUCGAUGUACAGCACGCGGGGGAGACUCCGAAGGAGCUCGAGAAUGCAGAGAACAAUGUCGUUGACGUAGCAGAAGCCGGAUGCCUCGUUCUUCUUCGCGUGGUGCAGGCCCCCAGCCCAAUUAAUCGCGAUGUCCGCCGCUCCGUCGUUCAGUCGUUCCGCGGCAGC